GGAAACAGCUCCGUCACGAAUAUCGAUGAGCGGACCUUGCUGCGAAGUGCCGCUGACUAUUUAAUCUCCACUUUUAAAACAUGUUCUGUACGGAGGUCUUGUGGGGGCUUCAGUGGGGCUGCUUUGUGCAGUACUCGUUCGCUUUGAUUUGCCUCCUAGCUGUCGUCCACAAAGUUAUCGUCUUACUUAUGCAAAGAAAACGGACCUCUCGAAACUAUGAGGCGUUCCCGGGACCACCGAAACACUGGUUGUUUGGGCACGCACGCGUGUUUAAACAAGACGGGACUGACUUUGACAAGAUAGUGAAAUGGGGGGUCCAGUACCCCUAUGGCUUCCCCAUUUGGUUCGGUCCCUCUGUUUGUUAUUUCAACAUCCACCAUCCAGAUUAUGUGAAGAGCGUACUGAGAACAACAGAGCCAAAAGAUGAUUUUUUCUAUGAAUUCAUAAAAAGUUGGAUUGGCGACGGCUUGCUGGUGUCUAAUGGUCAGAAAUGGUUCCGUCACAGGAGGCUCCUGACACCGGGUUUCCAUUACGAUGUACUGAAAUCAUACACAAGGCUGAUGUCGGAUUCGGUCAGAACUAUGCUGGACAAAUGGGAGCUUUAUUCAAGCACCGGCGAGUCCUUCGAGCUGUUCGAACACGUGAGCCUAAUGGCGCUGGACAGCAUCUUGAAAUGCGCAUUCAGCUACGACAGCAACUGUCAAACUGAGAGCGGGACAAACUUGUACAUCAAAUCCGUCUAUGAGCUCAGUGAUCUAAUCAAUUUGCGCUUACGGACCUUUCCCUACCACAACGACCUCAUAUUCCAUCUAAGCCCGCAUGGAUUCAGGUACAGAAGAGCUUGCAAGGUGGCUCACAGUCAUACAGAGGCCGUGAUUAGAAAGCGAAAAGAAGCCCUGAAGGGGGAGAAAGAGCCUGACAACAUCCUGAAAAAGAGGAACCUGGACUUUUUAGACAUCCUUCUCUUUGCGAGAGAUGAGAACCAGCAGGGACUUUCAGAUGAAGACAUACGAGCAGAGGUGGACACCUUCAUGUUCGAGGGCCAUGACACCACCGCCAGUGGCAUCGCUUUCACCCUCCACACCCUCGCCUGCCAUCCGAAACACCAGCAAAUGUGCAGGGAUGAGGUCAACCAGGUGCUGGAUGGCAAGGACAACAUGGAGUGGGAGGAUCUCAGCAAGAUGCCGUACACAACCAUGUGCAUCAAAGAAUCCCUCAGGCUAUACCCGCCUGUGCCAGGAAUUGCCAGAAAAGCGACCAAACCCAUUACUUUUUUUGAUGGAAAGACUUUGGCAGCAGGUUCUUUGGUUGGGACAAGUGUGUUUGCGCUUCACCGGAAUGCAACGAUUUGGGAGAACCCGCAUGUGUUUGACCCACUUCGGUUCAUGCCAGAGAACAUUUCCCAGAGGUCACCACAUGCAUUUGUGCCGUUCUCUGCUGGUCCGAGGAACUGCAUCGGUCAGAACUUCGCCAUGAAUGAGAUGAAAGUGGUCGUGGCCUUGACGCUGAGGAGGUUCCAGUUGAUAGAGGACCCCACAAGGAAGCCCAAGCUCAUCCCACGACUGGUGCUUCGUUCCCUCAACGGCAUCCACAUUAGGAUCAAAGCAAUGAACACUUGAGAGCUAUGCUACUAAGACACUCACGUACUCGUUUUUCGCCAUUCGUUGACAGUCUCGGAUCAUAACCCUCGUGACAAGCGGGGAUCUACUGUAUAGGAAAACUUCACCUUAGCGUAUGAAGGAAUAUAUUACUCAUAUACACUGCUUAAAAAAUUUGAGGAACACAUCAGAUCUAAACUGGGGGAAAAAUGAUCUUGAAUAUCUUUCCUGAUAAUAAGUGGGUGAUGUGUUAGUAACAAAAUGAUGCC